CCCACUUUUGUCUCCACCGCACCCCCGUCUCUAAACAUCAAUGUCCAAAUCACUCCGCAUUAUCGUUCCUGUUAAGCGUGUCAUUGACUAUGCUGUCAAGGUUCGUGUGAAUCCUGCCAAAACCGACGUCGAUCGCAAUGUCAAGCACAGCAUGAACCCUUUUGAUGAGAUUGCUGUGGAGGAAGCCGUUCGCAUUAAGGAAAGAUUGCCUUCUACCGAGAUCAUUGCUGUCUCUUGCGGAUCGGCAAAGUCUCAGGAGACUUUGCGAACUGCUUUGGCCAUGGGUGCCGAUAAAGCCAUCCACGUUGAAGUAGCUGAUGAUAGCAAGCUUCAGCCUCUCGGUGUUGCCAAGCUCUUGAAGGCUAUUGCUGAGGAGCAAAAGCCUGACUUGAUCAUCCUCGGUAAGCAAGCCAUUGACGACGAUUCCAACCAAACUGGCCAGAUGCUUGCUGGUCUCCUCAACUGGCCUCAGGCUACCUUCGCCUCCAAAGUCGAGAUCACUGACACUUUGGCAAAGGUUACCCGUGAAGUUGAUGGCGGUCUUGAGACAAUUUCUUCCAAACUCCCUGCCAUCAUUACCACUGAUCUUCGCUUGAACGAACCCCGUUACGCAUCACUCCCAAACAUCAUGAAGGCUAAGAAGAAGCCUUUGACUAAGAGUACACCCGAGCAACUCAAGGUUGAUAUCACUCCACGACUAGAGACCAUUAAGGUUGAGGAACCAGCAAAGCGACAGGGAGGCAAGAAGGUCGAGAGCGUUGAUGAUCUUAUCGACAAGUUGAAGAACGAGGCCAAGGUUUUGUAGACAUAUUGUAAAAGCAAAUAAGAAAGAUGUACCCUACUCAAAAUAACAUAGAAGUUUUAUCUUUGUGUUUUCUCAACCGCAUUACUG